GAUGUAUCAGAAGCCUUAUUGAUUCUACAGCUUUGCUAUCUUCAUGCUUGGACAUGGAAGUCUUUGUCAUCUUUGUAUUGCAUGAUGAAAGCAAAGUGUAAACGUAACGAAAACGGCAUCAGGAGGCAUCACCAAAUGUUUGUUUACUCUCCUCCCUGAUUUCCAUUCGUUGCCAAGACCUGCUGCUGUCAGUCAAAGAGCUUUGAAUCCAUUUUCUUUUCUGAUCACACAACACUUCAGAUGAUUUUUGUAGGGACGGAACAGUGCAUGCUCGGGCCACCGCUGAUGCGCGCGUUAAAGAAUCAGAUCAUAGUUUUGCUCCUAAAGAUAAACAGUGGAGGAGGCGUCACUGCUCGUCUAGUCAGCCUUGAUUGGAUUGUGGAUUAAUCACAUAAAAAAGGGGGAAGUCCGGGUCUGCUCCAAGUCAAGGAACGAGAUCCGUGCGUCUUUGGCCGCCCUAAGUUUGGAGAGGAGACGCCGGCUGCAGAGCGCACGGUUUGCGCGCUUCGAUUCCAACCACACAGAGGCGACUUUUUUUAAAAAAGAGGAUCUGAAGAUGAACCACACCGGCGUGCUGUGCAAAAACAACCAGACACACAACUUUACCGAUCAGUCGUGCCAGAACCCCACUGCACCGCCUUACAGUCACAUCGACAUCACCACUUUCAUGCACAUUUUCCCUUCGAUUUAUGGCAUCCUGUGCUCGGUUGGAGUUAUCGCCAACGGGCUGGUGAUCUACGCGGUGGCAGCAUGCAAGAAAAAGAUGGUCUCGGACAUCUACGUGCUCAACUUGGCAGUUGCAGACAUGCUGUUCUUGCUCGUGAUGCCCUUCAACAUCCACCAGCUGGUCAGAGACAGACAGUGGGCUUUCGGAAACUUUAUGUGUAAGGCAGUUGUGGUGGUGGAUGUCAGCAACCAGUUUACCACUGUGGGGAUAGUCACUGUGUUGUGCAUUGACAGGUACAUAGCUAUCGUCCAUCCGAGCUCAGAGAAGAGGACCGUGCAGUGGACCAUCAUCAUCAACAUGCUGGUGUGGCUGGGCAGCUUCCUGCUCACCGUGCCGGUCAUGAUAUACGCCAAAGUUGUCCGCAGGCAGCAUUUGGAGGUCUGCAUGAUGUACCUGGACGGGCCUGGAGACAUGUACUGGUACACCCUCUACCAGUCCAUCCUGGGUUUCAUCAUACCCCUCAUCAUCAUCAGCACCUUCUACUCGCUUACCCUCUACCAUGUCUUCAGCUCCAUCCGCCGGGUCAAACGGAAGCAGUCGGUGUGGGCCAGAAGAGCCACCAAGAUGGUCCUGAUGGUCAUCACCUUGUUCCUGAUCUGCUGGUCGCCCUACCACGUCAUCCAAGUCAUCAACCUGAGCAUCAAAACGCCGACCAUCGCUUUCGUCUACGCCUACAACGUCAGCAUCUGCCUCAGCUACUCCCACAGCUGCAUCAACCCGCUCAUGUUGCUCAUCUUCGCCCAGAACUACCGCGAGCGUCUUUGCCGCAGAAACGCCCUGUUCAGCUCCCAGCACUCGUCCAAGGUCACAGUGGUCAAAACAGACGGCUCCAGUACGACAAAUGACCCCAACUAUCGCUGUACUGUCAUAUAAUCGGAAGCUUUUUGUACAAAGCGCGAGUAAAUUGUCGCAGCUUGAAUGAACAGUGAUGCUCGUGAUGGCGGCUUCGACGUUGAUACCACACAAAAAAAGAGCCUGAAACAUGAGCAGCGCUACUGAAGAAAGCCAAAAUAAAUGCAGGUGAUGUGACUGCAUUCAUUACCCUUUAUCAAGAGCCGGUUACAUCCAGUGUCAUGCUGCUCUGCGAAUACACCGAGGCGCAGCUUGAGAGAUCUAUCACAGGCAAACAUUAGCAUGUCGAGUGCGUGAAAUGUUGCGAUCCCUUCACUAUAGGUGGGAGUGGGAGAGUUUGCCAGCUUCCAGAGGUUUUGUGAGUUGUUUGAUGGACUGAACAGAUCAACUGCAACUAGACAAGUAUCACUUUCUCAUUAGGAACGUUUCACAAGGGUGUGGGAUUUAAAAACAAUUGCUUUAAUAGUGGUUCAUCCAUAGUUUACUUCAUAGACCAGUUAUGACUAAUUGCAUUUAUUAGUUUGUGUUUUGUAAUAAAGGAGUUAUAAAUGUGUGUAAUCCGUUAUAGUUCCCACUUUGACGUUGCAGAUAUUGAAGUUAAUUAAUUUGAGGUUGCACCAGUGAGAAGUAGUUUUGACACUCGCAACCCAGAUUUUUUGUUGUGUUGUAAAGCCGACUCGAUCAUUUAUUAACCAUUUAUAAAGUAUUAGUCACAAAUAAUUAACCUUUGUUUUAUAUGAUUGUGAAAUGUGACAAGUAAAUGUAAUAUUUUAUGGCAAUUUAGUGGUUGUCAAUCACAAAAGAAACCGCACAGCUGUUUGUUUUUCUUGGCUUUGUAGUUCUCGGUUGGCCCGUUUAAAGUCUGUCAACCUAAUUGCAAAUGUCUGACUGCUGUACAAAGUACUGUGUCUCAUGAGUAUUCCAUAAUGACAUGGCAUGCAGCUAAUGAUGGCAGUGAACAGUACACAAUUUGAUAAGAUGCAUUUGUCGUAGAUGUAGUGUUUGAAUUCUGUUUGUUUGUUAUGGAUUCUAAGUGUGAUACUUUGCUGUUCCUGGACUCUGCACGAACAGCCGAUGCCUCAGAAUGCUGGAAAAUGCAACAUACGUGACAGUGAUAAAACCCAAAAUGUCUCACCACAAAGAAUCCUUCAGUUUAUCAAAGGCAGGCCUGCUGUGGUUACAGUCUUUAUGGGUGGUUUCCUAAAUAUUACUCAUCAGCAUUCAGUGCUUCAUUUCCUCUUAUUUAUCCUCAUCCUUAAGCCCGCUGAGCUGCUAUAACCAUAAUUGAGCUACACGCCUCACCACCGCCGUCCCGUUAUCAGCUGGAGGUCAACUGAAAGAGCUUUGAAAAGGCACGAAAACACUGCUAAAUUUGACAGACUUUUUACUUGGCAGGAGACUUGGUGAAACUAUUUCAUGAUGUCGAUGCUAUAUAUUGAUUUAUAAGCUGAUGAUUGUCGUAAUUUGAGAUGUUCUUUCUUCUGUCCUUCUGUAUGUGUAUGUACAGUAUUAUCUCAGUCAGAUUGCAGCUGUAAAGUGAAUUUUUGUGAUAAUGAGUUUGUUUUUUAAGCGCUCAGAGGUCACAUGCAGUGACAUUGUGGGACAAACACAGCAUGAAGGUAAUUUCCUCACACCAGUGUUGUUUUCCUGAUUUUGUAUAAUGAAAAAAUGAGAGGAAAUGUACAGAAACAUUAUGAUUGGCUCAUUUGAAUGUCUGUGGUGACACAGAGGAGGGAUCAGGGUCGACAUGAUAAUUAAUGAACUGUCAAUGAAGAGUUUCUGAAUUGAACUUAAGACUGUAUAGUAGAUAAUGAGGGAUGAGUAGAAAUCAGACUGGAAGAUACAGCAGUAAUGAAUCAAGGUUACGUGAAACGUAACUUUCUUCAUGCUUCUGAUUUCUCUAAACCAGCAGUUAAACAGCACAAAUUGCUAGUUAUUCAUUACUAACUACUUAAUCAUUAUCAACUCAUGAAGUAUGCCAUGCUGAUUAACUGUUUCCUCAUUAGUUUGUAUUAUCUGACCAUUAAUUGGCAUUUUUGUACCAGUGGAAGUACAGUAGAGCUUCAUGGUAAAAAAAAAAACUAACAAGAACAUGGUUCAACUGAGUAAACAGUUCAUUCCUCAAUAACAAGCCAGACAGAGUACAUUCUUUAAUUAUUAAGUCGGUCCUGUUUCCUCCUCACUCAUUCCUCAGCAGCUAAUCACAUUUUUGUGCACUGUAUUGUAAAGCCUUGUAUUUUCAGUGGCGCUGGAGCACUAAAUGUGAUACGGAUCACUUCUGCAUCACUUUGUCACGUACAGUUCUUCUGUGUUGUGUUUCUUCGAUCAAUUACUAGCUGGGCCCCGGGGCCGUAUGUUCUGUAGAAAUUAGUUUGUGGUAAUUUGAUAAUGUGAACAUUUCUUUGGUACUUAUCGGUAACUCAUUUAAGCUGACCUGGAAUGGGUUUUUCAGUGGUUUUAGCAGUUUGACUCAGUUUUGAAGUACCGGAUUCUAAAAGGGAGAAUGUGUCACCUUUUAAUGGGCCUGCACAGACUCACAACAGCAUUUAGAUCGUGGUCAUGUUUCUAUGUAUGAGAGUAUUCAAAAAGUCUCCCGUCUAAAAUAGAAAAUACCACAAGAGAAAGACUAUUCUUGCAUUAUUUUUCACUUCAAUGCACUGGGUCCACCAAUGUUUCACAGAAAGUAACAUCUUGAGUUUCCAGACGCUUCAAUUGCAUGCAUGACCUCAUCAUCAUUCUAAAAAUAGCGACCACACAAGUGAGAUUUUCAGUUCAGGAAACAGGUAGAAGUUAGAUGAGUGAGGUUCAAAAGGCAACAGUUAAAAGCCAGAUUUGGCUGCUUCUAUUCAUGCCAGCUCAAAACUUUCCUCUCCUUGCAAAGAAAUGCUUACCAGUGUUUGAGUGGUUGUGGGCAGAGUUUUAACCUUUUUAGUACUCAGUUAUACCCCAACACAAUACAGGUGUUUCUCGUGUUUCCGGGUAAGAUCAAGAACUUUUUGAAAUCCCCUUGUUUGUACGUACAUUUACACUACGGCUGAGCAAACACACUUCUUCCAAAUUUUGGCACAACUUUUUAACACACAUUUUGGCCUGUGGUCCAUUCAGGGUCCUUGUGGACUCUUUCAGGCUUGGGCAAAGGACAACAUUGGGUGUUAAGUCCAGGCGAACUUUUUGAAGUAACUUCGUAACUGUGAAGCGAAUUUGGAGCAAAUUUUCUACAAAAGAUAUGAAAAUGUACAAGCAAAGUACACUUGUUUGCAUUAACUGCUUUGGAGCAAGCCAACUAGUCAGUGCAGUGAGAUAAGAAGGUGGCGCUAUAGGCUACGUUUUACAUGGCUGUAACAAACAGAGUAGAAGAAGCUGCAAGCAAAACUAGCACCGCGUUCUAGAUCACACAAUUUUUCUUCAGUAUGCAAACAAUGGGGAAAGACUAAUUCCUCAUAUGAAUACACCUAAAACUUUGUCUGUCACAGCCUGUAGUGCAAAAAGAGGUCAUCUGUCUGUGCAGUCCAGCUUGUUUAUACUCGAGCAAGAAACCGUGAUGUAUGUGAGAAAACUGCAAGGAGAAACCAGCUGGCUUGCAUACUGCCAAAUAUGACCAGAUCUAGUAGGCGUAUUUUUGGCACAUUACAUUCAACAUGUUGUGUAUUGAGACAUUAUCAUUUUUUGCAUACGAUAUAGUUUAGAAGUAUGGAUAUUGGAAUGCAUCCUAGUUUUAAACCAACUGACAAACAAACCUGAAAGAAGAAGAAGAAAUAAAUCCAAUUUUGUCCAUUUGAGAAAAAUGGAAAGAAGUAUUGAGGAUUUGUUUUCAAUUAGGCAAUUUAUAAUUAUUCUUCCAGGUCAGAUUCAAUGUGUUGGUGAUGUUUCAUGCAACUGGACAAAAAGACGACAAAAGAGGAAAAAACAGCUGAUCGGUCAUGUGAGUUAAAUAUCCGUUAUGUCAGAACUUACUUGGAGAAGGGGCUUUCAUCUCGCAAUGUACAUACUUAAGGGCAAAAACCAACUCAUGCAAAUCUAGAAACUUUCUAGCGCAGUUUUAUUUCUGAAUGAAAAUGCACAGAAAUUCUGUUGUGGAAACAUGUCUCUAGACAUCCUGACGGUUAGUCCUCUAAGCUUGAAACCUGUGUGUCAUAUAUUUCUUGUAAUAUAACUUUCCAUCUCUUUUUUUGGAUAUUCCAUGUAUGUUAAACUCUCACAUCUUUCAGACUCCACACUUAUACUUUACAUUGGAGGUUUUCUCAUCCAAAUUUAAAGCCUAAUCCAACAUAACUCCUGAUAAGCGUGACGGUGAACUCACUACAAGCUCCUCCCGAGUCCAGUAGAACAUUACACAGUAGUCUUCACCAACUUGAAAUAGAGGCAAGACCCUACAAGUGAAAGGGUAGCAUUUUAAAUUAAUAGGUGGCUUGCAAACACGUGACUUUAGCGGUGGCAUUAACUUCCGGUUAAUUAAGUGGUGGUCAGGCCAACCAAAAUGGCUGCCGCAGAGCAAGGAAAACGCGACUCUUUUUCGGAGUAUUUUCGUGCUUUAGAUUCUAAUUCUCAAACUCGAUACAUCGAAAAACUCAAAUUUUGUGAUGGCAUAGAUCCGUAUGCGUUAUCCACGAAGGAUUUGACCUACGAGUUGGAAAACAUCUGCCAGUUCAGUUCCCUGAUAUCUCAAACUAUCUGGUGCUACAAACAAGCUUUUGCACUGCUAAACAAAUGAAGGCUUGGAAAAGCAUGGAUUCAUACAAUUUCUUUGUCUGUGGAUGGGUUAAAGAAGUCGGAGUUAAGAUCCUGAAAGACAAAUCCUGCAUCAUAUAAAGCAGUGUAAGUAACGAUUUAUGUAAACUUGUACUUGCUAGGUGUGUUAGCUCGGUGGAUGCUAAAACGUGUUUCUGCUGUUCUUUUCAGGUGAAACAUUCGCAAUGUUUAUCAAUCUGCUAAACAUCGGAACUCUGGACUUGCUGUGUGUCAAAUCUCAUGAGUUUGUGAAAGUCUAACAAGGCCUCGGCACCUUCUGAACGUUUCCUCUUUUCAUCCCAAGUGUGCAAUCGCUCACUCCAGCGUCUCUGCAGUUGGCUGUUUCACUUUCUCGUGGCCAAGUUUCCUCGUCGGAGCCCAGUCUAUGUCCUCCUCAUCAUAUAGAUUGCUAAGACGCCCUGUUGAACAAUGUGAGAAUAUUACACGGGUUAAAAUCGUACUACUCUGACUGCUUCGUUUGCCUAUCAACAGAAACCGUCAUUUUGAACGAGAGUAAACAAGCUAAAAACAGCGAACGUUAGCUCGUUAAGUGGGUAGUUAGUGUUACCAGUCUUUAAAGAAUGGGUCCUAAAACCAACACAGAAAGGCUCUAAGCAUGUAUAUCAUAAUAAUUCACUAACCUUUAACGAAGUGAUCGCCACAGACUCUGGCAUUCUUUGACUCCGCUCCCUUCAAACUUAAGGAAAUGUUAGCGAGCCAUUUUUCUCUGCGUCUUUUCUUAAAAUCCUUAGUGCAAGGCCCUUUAUUAAUCUCUUCACGAGGAACCCUGAAGUAUCCUUUAUCAAUUUCGCAAUUUGAUCGAUUAGAACAACGUAAAACAACACACGCAAAAGGCAUUUUUGACCAAUGAGUGAAUGUUAGCCACGCUCGCUGCAGUCAACAAUCAGCUCCGCUGACCACCACUUCAUGAUAUGCAUAGGUAAUGAGGCGGAUGUGACGUCAUUUGGAAGCCACCUAUAGAUAUCACCAUGAAACUUUCCCAGUUAAUUACUGACAUUAAGACAAUCAUUUGUAUUUUUUUUUUUGCAUUACAGGAUUUGUUGAAUGUUUGGAAAUGUUAUGCUUAGAUGUGCAAAUGGGGUAUAAUCUUCACAAACUUCAAUAAAUUUCCAGAACAGGUACCUGAACAUUGGAUAAAGCCUGACUGUAACCUUUUGUUUUACCUUUUUGAGUCAAAUGUUUUUACAGAGGAGAUUUGGAUACCUCUUUUUAUUACUCCAUCAGUCUGAAAAUACUGUCAACAUCCAGAAAAAAAAUCAAUUUUCACCACAUUUUUAGAGAUGAAAUGCUAUCAGGCAGGCUGUGGACGAUACAUAAGAAACCCUUCCGUAAAAACCUUCGGAGCAUUGAUUGAAAUAUAAUUGGAAAGUUUGGUGAAUGUACGCUCUUCAAAAGAGGAAACUUCUUCCUCAGAGUUUAAGAGAAAACUUUCUUUGUAAAACUCUUCAUAUUUUAAUAGAAACCAUGAGACAUCCCCCAGCUGAUUACUUACUGGUGUGUACUGUGCCGUGUGCACAAUAGCCAAAGUCUAGUAAAAAGCAAAUAUCUGAAUGUGCAAUUUUUUUCCCCCAUUUUCUUUCAAGUAGUAGAGGACAAACAAGAAAGAAGCAGAGGCACAAAAUCUUAAAAUCGAACACAGCCUGAAAAAGAUGCUUUUGCCUGUAAUGUUCCACCUUGAACAACAAAGUGUGUCUUUUGUCGUUGCUCUCCGGAAGCAAGCAUUUUCUGAUCUGACACCACUUUUGGCAAAGCGACAUGUUUUUCUGUACCUUGCGACACAUCUUUUUCAUGAUUUGGCAGCUUGACUUGAGAUACAGAACAACUUGAUCAGGGUAGAGCAUGGUUUGGAUCGAAAUUGCUGCCUCAUUGAGGACUUUCAUUGUGAUAAUUACAGUAAAAUCAGCCUGUUAAAAGUUUGUGAACGACUGCUUUUAAUGAUAAAAGAAACCGCCUAAUUGUAGUUUUUACUAAUUGUAGGAAAUCUGAGAGUUGUCCUCUAAAGCCUGAUGCUUUGUGGACCCAUUCAUCUACCCUGACCUCCUCUCCCAGUGAGAUUAGUGUCUCUAUAACAUCAAUUAUUUGCACUCCUUCAACAAGACCUACCAGAGUGCUCUGUUCUAUGCCAUUUUUGCAAAUUUGUUGUUGAUGGAUGACUGUCUUUUUUGCAGAUUUAUGUGUAAAAUUAAUGUCAUUUCCCUUUAAAGUUUCUAUCAAUAGAAGAAAUCAAUUUACUCUACAGGUUAUUUUUGUCUCACUGGAGCCCCAUAUCAGAUUAAUUCAGCUCUGAAUUUGUUACAGGCUUCUCAGUGUUUGGUAUAAAUCGUUUUUGGUUUUUGGGAGGUUUUUUGCUUAUUGUGUGCAGUGAUGGUGCUGUGCUCAGAAUAAAAUGUUUUUAAAGCUUU